UUGACGUGUUUUGACACUUACAUGCUUAGGACCAAAGUAUUUAAAGUGUUUUAAGAAAACUGAAUUUUUAAAUUAAUAUUCGUUCUCAAGACUGGUUUUAUUUACAUAUUUAUCAAUUUUUUUUAUUUCAUAUACAUAUUUGAAAAAAUUUUUAACAUGAAUAUUUCCGAAUUGGAUUAUUAUGCUAUUUUAAAUGUGCCGAGAGAUGCCAGUAAAGAAGAAAUUACUCUGGCAUAUAGAAAAUUGGCAGUUCGUCUUUGUCCAUUUCGUGACAAGAAUCAUCAAAGAGAUUUUGUGCCAUUAUCACAAGAAUCCCAAGUUACUCAUAUGUCUCCACUAUCUCUAAAUCGUCAAUGGAACUAUAUUAAUAUGGCCUUUGAUGUUCUAGGUAAUGAUCUUUAUCGUACUAUAUAUGAUCGCUACGGUGAGGCUGGUCUAUUUCAAGGUAUUCUCUUGCCCAAUGGAUAUUUUCCACCCUACCAAUACCACGGCAAUCAUAUGAAGGUUUAUCAUACCGUUUUUGGUUCCUAUUCUCCUUAUGCCAAUAUCAUUGAUGCAUUAACCACACCACCACCUUUGUGUUCGAAUAAGGAGACCGGAGGAAUUGGUGUGCGAACCAAAGACAAAGCUGUUGAAAAGCUGGUGGAAUUGACUUUGGAGGAGGUGUACAAUGGAUGUGUGAAAAUAAUGCAAGUAUGGCGUCAGGAAUUUGUCGAUAGAGAAGAAACACGCACGGAGAAAAGAAAAAAGUUAUUGAAACUUAACAUAGAACCAGGUGUAACGGCCGGUACACGGUAUUGCUUUAAAGAAGAAGGAGAUCGCUCGCCCACUACCAUACCGGCUGAUAUAAUAUUUAUAGUAGCCGACAAGCCUCACAACACAUUUAGAAGGGAGAAUUUACACGAUCUUGUCUAUACCCUAGAAAUAGAUUUAUGUCAAGCUCUUAUAGGAUUUCAAUUCGUUGUUAAUAGCUUAGAUAAGCGACAACUAAAAGUAUGUAUUAAUGAUGUAGUAAAGCCUGGAUAUGUUAAAGUAUUGCCUUGUGAGGGUUUACCUAAAUGUAAAAGCAAAGAUGCGGCACUGGCCUUAAAACCUCAAGGAUUUCAAAACAAAGAAUUCGGCAAUCUUAUCAUAGAAUUUAAAACUAAAUUCCCGGACUAUUUAAAUAAGGAAAUGAAAAAAUGCGCAAGGAACUUCUUUACUGAGUUGCAAGAUCUACAAAAGGAAGAGACAGAAAAGAAAUCACGGCCAAAUUAAGAUAAAUAUUGUGUAAAUUUAUUGAGUACAAAAAUUUAUUGGCAUUUUAAACGGAAUUCAUUUAUUCAAUGAACUUCGUAUAAAUAUAUAAAUUUCACGCUGAAAUUAAGAGUUAUUGA